AUGGAGUCAAUCUCUCCCCUCCACGCCGCUUCUGGUUCGGGCAGUAACAGCAAUGCCAACGCCUCCUCCUCACGACCUUUUCGGCGGCACGACGACUAUCUCGACAUUGACGAGGAGGAGGAUAUGUUUGAUCCGUCCGGUAUCGACCCCGCUCUGCGUCUGCGGACGACGCGGACGGCGCACUCUGUGCUGGCCGAGUCCAUCAUGAUCGAGUCGGCGCAGGAACGGCGGAAAAGGCGGAGAAAGGAAUUGAUCUCGACAAUCAAGCGCAAGGCGACGAUGAGUGGAAGGGGGACGGGUCGAGCGCCGAGUCUGAUAGGGUCUAUCAGUGGGCGAACGCGGGCGUCCACCAUCGGGGAUGGGGAUAGAAGCGUCGCGAGUGCGGAUUUCGGCUCAAGAAGCCAAACCCAGGAGGCGCCUGAAGCUCCACCUACCGUCAAACCACCGACCAAAUCCCUUAGCCAGCGCUUCCACGAUAUCCUCAAUAACAAAUCUACCCAGCCUGCCCCUCGGCGCAUGAUCUACGUCAACCUCCCUCUCCCGUCGAAUCUCCUCCACAAGGGCGAGCCUAUCGUCCGGUACGUCCGCAACAAGGUCCGGACCGCCAAAUACACCAUUAUCACCUUCCUCCCUCGUAACCUCUUUGAGCAGUUCAGGAGAAUCGCCAAUGUCUACUUCUUGGGACUGGUCAUCCUCCAGCUGUUCCCGGUCUUCGGUGCGCCAAACGGGCAGAUCGGAAUGCUCCCCCUGAUAGCUAUCCUCGGGAUGACAGCCAUCAAGGACGCCAUAGAAGAUUGGCGCCGGGCACAGCAGGACGACGAGGUCAACAAUUCGGCGACGACCAAACUCGGCGGAUGGCGGAAUGUCAACCAACCGCGGGACUCGCGCUCCUUCUUUGAGCGGACCCUCGGGAUGGGUCAAGACCCAGGCCGGCCAUCACGGGGAGUUCGUAAACUACGGGACGCAGAAGCGGCGGUCGGGAAGCAGAUCGUCAUGGCGGCCCAGAAGGAUGAUGAGCUGGAAGAGGUGGAAGGCGUGCCGGUGUCAUACGGAAGUGAAUCUUCCCAUGACUUUAUGCGGCGAGCACCCAGCUCGGCAAGUGUCCUUUCUAAACGCAGUAUAGGCGUUGUCGACUGGUCCGCUCCCGCACCCGGUACCGCCAAUUGGGAACGCACCUUAUGGUACGUCCUCUUUUGGAUCUCGCUGACAAGCAGGAAAAAGCUCGAAGUAGGCGAUCUCGUCCUUCUCCAAGAGAACGAACAAGUCCCAGCCGACAUCAUCGUCCUCUCCACCUCCAACGCCGAAAAGAAUUGCUUUGUCGAAACCAAAAACCUCGACGGCGAGACCAAUCUCAAAGUCCGGCGCGCUCUCAAAGCGACGAGCAAUAUCGCUUCCGAGGAGGAUAUCGAGCACGCCCGGUUCGUUCUCGAUUCGGAACCGCCACAUGCGAACCUGUACAGCUAUAACGGCGUCUUGCGGUAUUCGCUCGGGGGGGACAAAGGGGCGGAGAUGAAGCAGGAGGCGGUGACGAUUAAUGAGCUGUUGCUGAGGGGGUGUUCGUUGAGGAAUACGAAAUGGGUGAUUGGGCUGGUGGUGUUUACGGGUGGGGAUACCAAGAUUAUGAUCAAUGGAGGUGAUACCCCGUCGAAGCGGAGUAAGAUUGAGAAGGAAACAAACGCCUACAAUCAAAGUCUGCCAAACACCAGUGCCGAAUCGUACGAGCCAGGAGCGCAGGAUACCGAUAAUAUCGUCCUGGGUGGUGUUAUCAUUUUUUUCUCCUGCCUUAUCGUCUUCCAGAACAUCGUACCAAUAUCGCUUUACAUCACCAUCGAGAUUGUCAAGACUAUCCAAGCCUACUUCAUCUUUCAAGACGUCGAAAUGUACUAUGACGUCUACGACACCCCCUGCGUCCCCAAAACCUGGAACAUCUCGGACGACCUCGGUCAGAUCGAAUAUGUCUUUUCCGACAAGACCGGUACCCUCACGCAAAACAUCAUGGAGUUCAAAAAGUGCUCUAUCCAGGGCAUCUCCUUUGGCGAGGGGAUGACGGAGGCGAUGAUGGGCGCGGCCAAGCGGGACGGGCAGGACACAUCCACUGCGAUGGAGGACCAGGCGGACCAGCUCGAGGAUCUCAAACAAAAGAUGAUCGAGACGAUGAAGCCGGCCAUUCCCAAUCGCUACCUCCGGGAAGAUAUGUUGACGCUCAUCUCGCCCGACAUGGCUUCCCGGAUGGCCAACCCCUCGGACUCGCUCCGUCCCCACAUUGUCGACUUUUUCCGGGCUCUCGCAGUCUGCCAUACCGUCCUCUCGGACAAGCCGGACGAAAAGAACCCAUACAUUGUCGAUUACAAGGCGGAAAGCCCCGACGAGGCGGCCCUGGUCGCGGCGGCUCGGGAUGUCGGAUUCCCCUUCGUCAACCGCAGCAACGACCGGAUCGAUAUCGAGGUGCUCGGCAAGGCGGAGCGCUGGGUACCUCUUCGCGUACUAGAGUUCAACUCUACACGGAAACGGAUGAGCGUCAUCGCCCGCUCUCCGGACGGACAGAUCGUCCUCUUUUGCAAAGGAGCCGAUAGUGUCAUUUACGAGCGGCUCGACAAGCACCACGACGAAGAGGUCAAGCAAAAGACGCUCAAGGACCUGGAGACCUUUGCAAAUGGCGGUUUGAGGACGCUUUGCAUUGCCUACCGCAACCUCGGGGAGGAGGAGUUCCGGGACUGGGCCAAGGCGUACGAUGCGGCCUCGGCGGCGGUCAAGGAUCGGGAAGAGGCCAUUGAGCGGUCUUGCGAAAAGAUUGAGCACUCGUUGACUAUUCUCGGAGCGACGGCGCUCGAGGACAAGUUGCAGGAAGGGGUCCCGGACGCGAUUGCCACGCUGCACGAAGCGGGCAUCAAGCUCUGGAUCCUUACCGGUGACAAACUCCAAACGGCCAUUGAAAUCGGAUACUCGUGCAACCUCCUCACGAGCGACAUGGAGGUCAUGAUCAUUUCAACGGAUACGGCGGAUGGCGCGCGCGCACAAAUCGAAGCGGGUCUCAACAAGAUCGCGUCGGUCCUCGGUCCACCUCCCGUUCGGAAGAAGGGCGCGCCCCCACCCCAGAUCAAGCGCAACAGCACCCAAUUCGCCGUCGUCAUUGACGGCGAGUCAUUACGGUACGCCCUCGGCGCAGAGCUCAAGGGCCUCUUCUUGAGUCUGUCGACGCAAUGCACGGCGGUCAUUUGCUGUCGGGUCUCGCCCUCGCAAAAGGCUUUGACGGUGCGGCUGGUCAAGGAGGGAUGUGACGCAAUGACGCUGGCGAUUGGGGAUGGCGCGAACGAUGUGGCCAUGAUCCAAGAGGCGAAUAUCGGGGUGGGGCUGUUUGGUCUGGAAGGAUCGCAAGCGGCCAUGUCGGCGGACUACGCGUUUGGGCAGUUCAGAUUCCUCACCAGGCUGCUGUUGGUGCAUGGGAGGUGGUCAUACGUCCGAGUCGCGGAUAUGCACGCCAACUUUUUCUACAAGAAUGUCAUCUGGACCAUCUCCAUGUUUUGGUUCCUCAUUUUCAACAGCUUUGACGCUACCUACCUCUUCGAGUACACCCUCCUGCUCUUCUUCAACCUCUUCUUCACCUCCCUCCCCGUCGCCGUCAUGGGUAUCUUUGAGCAGGAUACCAACGCCGCCGCCUCCAUGGCCUUCCCGCAGCUUUACAAGCCGGGGAUUGUCGGGUCGGCAUACACCCGAACCCGGUUCUGGCUGUACAUGCUGGACGGGCUGUAUCAAUCCGCUGCGGUCUUCUUCAUCCCCUACGCGGCGUACGGAGCGGGCAUCACCUGGUCGUCCAACGGUCUCGACACCAACUCGCUAUAUGACCUUGGGUCGACCGUCGCUUUUGCGGCGGUAUUGUCCGCUAACGGGUACGUCGCCAUCAAUAGUCGUUACUGGACCAUCAUCACCUGGGUCGUCUACGUCGUUUCGACCCUCCUCAUCUACAUCUGGCUUCCCAUCUACUCGGCCAUCGCGGCACCGCCAUUCAAAGGCACCGUCAGCGUCAUCUUCCCCACCUUUACAUUCUGGGUCACGACCAUCCUCACCCUCUUUGUCUGUAUCGGACCACGGUGGCUCGUCCGGUCCUUCCGGCAGUCAUACUUCCCGGACGAUAAGGAUAUCGUGCGGGAAGCCUGGAUCGCGGGAGAUCUCAAGGAUCAGCUGGGACUGGCGCACCGGCGGAACAAGCAGAGAAAGAGAGGGAAGGGCAAGGACAUUACACCACAAGAGUCGCCAGACCUGGGCAAGCCCGUCACAGCGACGGAACGCUUUGCAGACGAUGAGCGGGGAUUUUACCGCGCCACAGACCUCAGCAGUCCGCGUCGCCCCCGGUCACUCGUCUCGCAGGACAGCCGGGAUCCUUUCGCCUACCCUCCCAGCCCCCUCAUCCGGCAUACCCUCUCCCCACCGCUUCUCGGCCCCGGAUCGUCAGGGAUGCAAACCCCACCUCUCACGCUCUCCCGGAAUGACCCCCUCCACUCCCCUCCAUCCUCCGCCACGGCCCAGGCAUUCCAAAUGGCCCAAGCGGAGAUCAACCGCAUGUCCCGCUCGUCGGCAGAUCUGGACCGAGCAGCCAAUUCUCCUCCGCUCAGCGCGGGCAGGCCAGGCCCCAUCCGCCGCGGCUCGUCUCGGAAACAGACACCCACCAAGGCGAACCUGUCCAUCCCGGAGCAGCGGCGGUAUGACGAUACGCAAUCCCCCACGCGAGCGAGUUUUGAAAUGCUAGAUAAUGUAGACUUUUCGUCGCCGACGAGAAGAGCAAGAGCGGGAGAAGUGGCGGGCAGGGGAUCUAUAGAUGGGACGUCAAGGGAUGGCGGAUUUGCAUUGUAG